CCGGGGACACCGGGGACACCGGGCCGGUGCCCGGGGCUGCUGGACACAGGGUGGCCGGGCAGGGAUGGCCACCAGGAACCAGCAGGGAGCACGGCGGAGGACAGCGGGGCACCCAAGGGUCCAACAUUCAUGGAACCAACUCCCCGAGCAGAGAAUCAAAUGCAGAAAGAAACAAGAAGGCUUUGGCAGUGAUUAAAUUCAUUUCAAGCUGGAUUGGGAAGGUCUGGCAGUGCUUGGGAGAUUGUGGAAGGUCGUUGUGGCUGGAGCUGGAACAUCCUCAAAAAUCCACCUCACCUCUGGGCAGCAGUGGAAAACAUGGAUCUGCCCUGGCAGAUUCCCACUGUUCUUCCCUGGGAUCUGCUGAUGGAGCUACUCCCCCCUCUCUGCUGUUGCACUACCAGCUCUCCCAAGUUUCCCUGCAGAAAGAAACCAGGAUGCUCCUUAAGCAAAGGAUCUGUGCCCAGGACACCUGAUGGAGCACCGUGGAUGAGCUUUUUCUGGCAUGAAGCAACCAAAAUUUUAUGACCCAGAGGGAUUCUCAAGCACUCGAGGGAUCCCCACGGAAGGCCGAGCCAUGCAGUAGGAGCCAGCACAUCCCAAAGGAAAGCAGGACCCAGUGGUGCCGUGGGAGGGACGGGACAUGCGGAGCCUCAGCUGCCUCCUCCUCCUCUGGGGACUCCUCCUCAUCCUCAGCAUCACCAGCACGGAGGGCUUUGCCCAGGCAGGCCGCAGGGUGUGCGCCGCGGGGCCGAGCGGCCGGAGCGCCCCGGCAGAGUCCCACGUGCAGCCCGAGUACCAGCCCUACCUCACCACCUGCCAGGGCCACCGCCUCUGCAGCACCUACAGGACCAUCUACAGGGUUGUCUACAGGCAGAGGCACCGGCAGCUGCCCGAGCCCACGGCCUCGUGCUGUCCUGGCUGGAGCAGAGCAAGCGGCCACACACUGGGCUGUAACAGAGCUCUCUGCUGGGAGCCGUGCCAGAACGGUGGGAGCUGCGCCUUCCCCGGGAGAUGCUCCUGCCCCCCUGGCUGGACGGGGCGAGCCUGCCAGACAGACGUGGAUGAAUGUGCCAGCCAGAGCCACGGGUGCAGCCAGCUCUGCAUCAACACAGCUGGGAGCUUCCACUGCGCCUGCCGGGACGGCUUCAGCCUCGCUGCCGAUGGCAAGGGCUGCCAGCCCCUGCUGCCAGCACCCGGGACUGACACCUCCAGCCAAGCAGGUCCCUCCAGUGAAAUGAAGGAAGAAAUGAAGGACCUGAGGAGCAGAGUGGAAGCGCUGGAGCAGAAGCUCCAGCUGGUGCUGGCCCCCUUCCACAACGUGAUGCCGCCAGAGGAUGUCGGUGCAGACCCCAUCAGCCGCCUGUCCCACUCCCUCCAGCAGCUGGACAGGAUCGACUCCCUGAGCGAGCAGAUCUCCUUCCUGGAGGAGAGGCUGGAGACCUGUAAGUGCCUGGAAAAAGCAGUGGGAAGGAUCUCCCUCCUGCCACGGUGGCCACACGGAGCAGAUGUGGGCCAGCAAGAUCAGUAACACAUAUGCCACUGUUAAUCUGGGUCUGCCUCAAGCUCAGCAGCCUGUAAUUAACAAAGGAUGAACACCAACAGCCCAUUAGCUUUAUUUCAAAGCUGUUUCUAUGGCUGCACUGUCUGACUGCCCUUGUAGCAGCCAAAAAUUGUAGGACUGGCACAUGGAAAUGUGGCUGUGGGGCAGAGCUGAGGGAGGCACCUCACAGCUGCUGUCCCUUCCUGAUAACCCAGUCCUUAGGAAAGAACCCCCAGCUCUUAGGAAAUUAACAGUCCAAAAAGUCAGUCAGGGAAGUUUAGGGAGCAUGAAGAAGUUGGCAGAUUUAU